UGCAAUUUGUAUCCGCCGCAGGAUUCUAUAUUUCUUUGAAGUUAAUUAACUGAAAAAUUGAAUAUCCCCCGCUCCAACAAUAACAUUCACAAUAAGAAAUAUUGCACACAAGAAGGGAUAUUGGCUCUAGACAUUUAUAGAUGUAGCAUAUUUCUACUGAUAAAAAUCUAUAGUUGCACCUAGUUGAAUCUAGUUUUUUUACGAGAAUUUACAACAUUAGGCUUUUAGGGCACUUGGCGUCCAUGUUCUAAUUCAACUAUUAAUUGUGGCUCUAUUAAUCUUAAUUUGUAAGGAAGCGGGGAAAAAGUUAUUUCUUCACACUAUUUUUGCAGAAAACAGUCUUACAAAUGUGCCUUAACUAUUCCUAAACUAUUACUAAAACAAAACAGUUAUCAUUGCAAUCUUUUCUGGUUCUCACUUGAAAUAGAAUAAGAAUAAGAAUAAAGGUCGUUUUACCCACGCAUUCGCCUUUAAUUGAAUCUAAAAUGUGAAGGUAUUGUAAUGUAAAAAUAUGUAAAUGUAAAGGUGACAUAGACAUACCCAGAUUGUGAUUAUGAAUAACAUACAUACAUGAUACAUCUUCCCUCUUACAUAUAUGUCAUCAUGCUAUUUUGACUUGUUUUUUUUUGUCUGUAUGAUUGUCUGUUUGUGAUCAAUAAAUUAUCACAGUUGUGAAAGAAAAAAAAUGGCUGUUAUUAAAAGUAACUUUUUUACAGAAAGAGAAAAUUCUGUUUUAUACAAGAAAAUGAGCACAUUAGAACAAAAAGAUAAGGAUGUUUCCCAGAAGGUACAAGGUAUUCCAGGGUUCCUACAGGAGCAGGAUAUUCCAGGGUUUUUGCAGGAGCAGGAUAUUCCAGGGUCACUGCAGGAGCUGGGUAUUCCAGGGUUCCGGCAGGAGCAGGAUAUUCCAGGGCUCCUGCAGGAGCAGGGACUGGGUAUUCUAGGGCCCUUCGAGAUGAACGAAACCGGUAACCUGAGCUGGGCCCUGGGAUGUAGUGAUCUAAACCAAACUGAUGAAAUAAUGGUGGAGGCUUGUUCCUACUGGAUAGAAGGGGUAACACUAAUGUGUGUCGGAAUUCUUGGAAUAUUAAUGAACUUUCUGGCAAUUCUCUUGCUCAGCUCUAAACUAAUGAAGGAACAAAUCUCAAAUUAA